GACAGAGACCGAGAGAGACAGAGAGAGACAGAGACCGAGAGAGACAGAGACAGAGAGAGACAGACACCGAGAGAGAGAGAGACAGAGACCGAGAGAGAGAUGUCACUCCAGUGAAGUGAAAAUAAGACGCCAGUCGCUGUUUAUUUUAAGGCCACUUCAUCUCCCGGGAGACCAGACAGUUAACAGCCCUAUGAAGACAUUCCCUUACAAGCUGUUAACUGGGUGGAUCUGUUAUUCUCCAUCAGAUAAGACCGCUCACACUACUAACGAUAGCUACCAGUAACCUCUCUCUCCAUCAUUAUGAGCGAGCCUAGUAACGUCUCCAACAUCCCAGUCGGGGGCUGGAACAUCACUAACCAGUUUGUCCAGCCGGUUUGGCUGCUCGCUCUCUGGACGGUAGCCUACAGUCUCGUGCUGUUUGUCUCGGUGAGCGGGAACGUCAUCGUUGUCUGGAUCAUCCUUGCUCACAAACAGAUGCGGACAGUGACAAACUACUUCCUGUUGAACCUGGCUCUCGCGGACACUUCCAUGGCGGCCUUCAACUCGUUCGUGAACUUCGUUUACGCUGCGCACGGGGACUGGUACUUCGGGCUCGUCUACUGCAAGUUCCACAACUUCCUUCCUGUGACAGCGGUGUUUGCCAGCAUCUACUCCAUGGUGGCCAUCGCCGUGGACCGGUACAUGGCCAUCAUCCACCCACUCAAGCCACGCCUCUCGGCAACGGUAACCAGGUCUGUGAUAGGCUGUAUCUGGGGUAUGGCCGUGGUACUAGCGUUCCCGCUGUGUUACUACUCAACCACCAAAAAGAUUGGACAGAGAACACUGUGUUACGUCUACUGGCCCCGCACUGCUCAGGACUCAUUCAUGUAUCAUAUAAUAGUAGCAGUGUUGGUGUAUGUGCUGCCUCUAGUGGUGAUGGCUGGUACCUACAGUCUGGUGGGUAGGACACUUUGGGGCGGAGAGAUACCUGGUGACUCUAAAGAUAACUACCAUCUACAGAUACAAGCCAAGAGGAAGGUGGUGAAGAUGAUGAUGAUUGUGGUGGUAACAUUUGCAGUCUGCUGGCUCCCCUACCACCUCUACUUCAUGAUAACAGGACUCAACAGACAACUGAACAGAGUCAAGUCUAUACAACAGGUGUAUCUAUCAGUGUUGUGGCUGGCUAUGAGCUCCACCAUGUACAACCCUGUCAUCUACUGCUGUCUCAAUAGCAGGUAG